CCGCACGAUCGCCCGCCGCGCCCUCUUCCUCCCGCCCCGACGAACGCGCCGCCGCGCGAUCGCCUCCAUGCCACCAAGAUUCCGCCCCUCUCAUUGACCCGCGCUUCCCCGCGCGGCCAUGGCGCCGCUGGCCCCGAUCGGCGCCCUCCUCUGCCUCGCCUGCGUCGCCGCCCCCGCCCUCGCGGCGGAGUGCGGGCGCAACACGAGCCUGGCGGGCCACGAGGCGGACCUGCGCAUGUCGCAGCACCAGCUGCGCGGCCGCGUGGCCGUGCUCGACGGCUGCUCCUUCCGCGUCUCCUCGCUCGACCUCCUCGCCGGCUCCGCCGACGCGCGCUGGUGGCGGGCCGACGGCGCCGACCUCGCCGCGCUCUCCCGCGGCUCCCCCGCCGCGCCCGACCCGCUCAACCGCACCUUCGCCUCCGAGUCCCUCGUCUUCCGCCUCCUCCCGGGCCUCUCCUGGCCGCUCGUCCCCGUCCUCGCCGCCUUCGACCCGCUCACCUCCUCCCUCUUCGGCUUCGUCCGCCUCUCCCCCAACGCCACCGCCGACUCCCCCGACUCCUCCUCCAAAUCCGCGGCCGCCGCGGCGUCGUCCUCCUCCACCGACGAGCCCACCAUGUUCGCCUCCUGCGCGCAGCUCUCGCCGCGGCUGCGCGUGCGCUGGACGCUCCGCGAGCCGGCCAACGCCAUCGACGUCGGGCUCGAGGCCGCCGUCGGGUCCGAGUACUACAUGGCGUUCGGCUGGGCGGACCCACGCAGGGCCGCCGCCAACGUCUCCAUGAUCGGCGCCGACGUCGCCGUCGCCGGGUUCACCGAGGAGGGCCUCCCGUUCGCCGACGACUACUUCGUCACCAAGUACAGCGAGUGCCUGCUCCGCGGCGACGGCACGGCCGAGGGCGUCUGCCCGGACACCUUCUACGACCGCCGCAACGGCGGCUCGUCCGUCAACAACACCAGGCUCGUCUACGGCCACCGCCGCGACGGCGUCUCCUUCGUGCGCUUCUCGCGCCCGCUGGCGUCGCCCGACAAGAGGUACGACGUGGCCGUCAACGCCACGAGGGAAAUGACCGUGAUCUGGGCCAUCGGGCUUCUCCGGCAGCCGGACUCGCUGAGGCCCUACUACCUGCCGCUGAACCACGGCGCGCCGGCGGGCACGGCGUACGGCUUCCUCACGCUCAACGUGUCGGCGGCGACCAACGGGUGCCACGGCCCGCUGGACGCCGAGGACAAGGAGGACCAGGGCAGGAUCACGGCGGAGCGGCAGACCCCGCUGGUGGUCACCACGGGGCCGGCGCUGCACUACCCCAACCCGCCCAACCCAGAGAAGGUGCUCUACAUCAACAAGAAGGAGGCGCCUCUGCUCAAGGUCGAGCGCGGCGUGCCGGUCACCUUCUCCGUCGAGGCCGGGCACGACGUGCCGCUGUACAUCACGUCCGACGCCGUCGGCGGCAACGCCACGGCCCGGAACGCCUCGGAGGUAAUCUACGCCGGCGACCCGACGUCGGAGGGCGUGCCGGCCACGCCGACGGAGCUCGUCUGGCUUCCCGACCGCAACACGCCGGACCUCGUGUACUACCAGUCCCUCUACGACCCCAAGAUGGGGUGGAAGAUUCAGGUGGUCGACGGCGGCCUCAGCGACAUGUACAACAACAGCGUGCUGCUGGACGAUCAGCAGGUGACAUUCUUCUGGACUCUCUCCGGAGACUCCAUCAACAUCGCCGCCCGCGGCGAGAAGAAGAGCGGGUACAUCGCCAUCGGCUUCGGCAGCGCAAUGGUGAACAGCUACGCCUACGUCGGGUGGGUCGACGGCAACGGCACCGGACAUGUCAACUCGUACUGGAUCGACGGGAAGGACGGCAUGAGCGUGCACGAGACGCACGAGAACCUCACCUACAAGAGGUGCCGGUCGGAGAACGGCGUGAUCGUAUUCGAGUUCACCCGGCCAUUGGCACCUUCCUGCACCGGAAGGGUGGAGUGCAAGAACAUCAUCGAUCCCUCAACACCUCUCAAGGUCAUCUGGGCCAUGGGCUCCCAGUGGUCAUCUGGCCGACUGAGCGUGAAGAACAUGCACUCUGUCACCAGCAACCGUCCGGUCCGAAUCCUUCUGCUCAGCGGCUUGGCCGAGGCGGUGGAGGAUCUGCGGCCGGUGCUCGCCGUUCAUGGCUUCAUGAUGUUUGUGGCAUGGGGAUUGUUGCUUCCAGGAGGAAUCGUGGCGGCGCGGUACCUGAAGCAUGUCAAAGGGGAUCUCUGGUUCCAGGCUCACACAUAUCUUCAGUACUCUGGCCUGGCUGUCAUGUUCAUGGGGGUUCUCUUCGCCGUCGCCGAGCUCCGGGGUUUCUCUUUCAAAUCGACACACGCUAAAAUCGGCGCGAUAGCAUUUACAUUCACGUGUAUGCAGCCGAUAAAUGCUUAUCUCCGACCACACCGAGCGGAGAAUGGAGAAAUUCUACCAAGAAACAGGAUCAUCUGGGAAUACCUGCAUACCUACACGGGGAGGGCUGCUCUGGUGGCCGCUGUCACCGCACUCUUCACCGGGUUGCAGCAUCUUGGGCACAGGUACGGCAGCAAGACGAUCAAGGGGCUUACAUGUGGAUUGGUUGUAUGGGUUGUGAGUGGUGUGUUGGUGGUGGCUUACCUCGAGUACACGAAGGUUAAGCGAAGAAGAGAUGGCGCCGAUGGCCUUACGCACAAAUUUGUGCUUGGCAACACUGAGGAAGACGAUUCAGUUGAUCUUCUGCAGUCCGAUAGGUUCGACAGUAAACUGGACUCUGGUUCGCCUGGAUCGAUGGAAGUGCAGCUUGAGCCACUCAAAGGAUGAAUAUACCCUUUUUCUAUAUAUUUGUAGUACAUAUAUCAACAUAAAGGAUUUUAGUUCAGAUUCUUUAUAGAUAGAACAAAGUGGAGAUAUACUAUACAUCUCGAGGUAGAAGGAUUUUACUUGGGGUGCUCUAUUGAUGAAAGGAGUUGCAGGAGCUCCUCUUUGACUGCAGGAGAGGUAUUAUCAUGCUGCCACAUGGCUUAGAAUAGGUGCUCUGUUUCUCAUCUUUUUGAGCAUAGGUCUUGUUCUUUUUUCCUAAUCUUCUAACUUAGUGACUGGUAUGUAUAUCUGUACACUUUUGGUAUAUACUUCAAAGAGAAGAUUACUUA